AGUUGUUUCUGGAGAACAAAACGAAUUAAAAUGCCAGUGCUCGAGUGGAUAUAAAAACUUCUCGCGUGGAAAUGUCACAGAUUGGUACGCGGAUUGCGGCCUGAGCAAUUUCCCUGCACUGCACCUCUUUCUCCUCUGGCACACUCUCUAUUGCAACAGAGCGAAACGGCGACGACGGCUGCAAUAAUGUGAUGCCUGGGGGUCAGACACAGAGGUUAAUCCAAGAAAACGCAACCUAGAACUAGUUAGGUUUCCACACACACACACACACACCACAUACACUGCCAGAACACACACACACACUAUCGCCCAGACACAAAUACAACACAAUCCAGCCAGAUGAGCUGGCUGCUGGGGCUCCUGGCGGUUUUGUGGAUGCCCAGUGAGCUGCUGGCCGUUCCAACGCCACUCAAGCUGCCAGGCUACACCCACAAACUGACGCCGUACAUCAAGCACUGGGAGGCGGCGAACUUCGAUCGCAGUGUGCUGCAGGCAGCCCAGCUCAGGCACUUGGAGCAGGCGCGCUUCCGCCAAAAGCGUCAGGUGGAUCCCACACCGUCGUCGACAUCGACAUCGUCGUCGUCGUCGUCGUCAUCGUCCUCGAGUGGAUUAGCGCACACAAUACGAUUGAAUUUCUCGGCCCAUGACAGAGAUUUUCGAUUGGUGCUGCGUCAACAGCCGCAUUCGGUGUUCGCCCACGAUGUGGAAAUCGAGAACACAUUGGGACCCAUCGACUACGAUGUCUCACGCAUUUACACCGGCAGCUUGGAGGACGAUGAGGCUGCCCAUGUGCAGGCCAUUCUAACCAGUGAUAAUCUGCUCGAUGGCACGAUUGAAACCCAAGCGGAGCACUAUUACAUCGAGCCAGCGCAACGCUACUCCCAGCAACUCGCCGAGAGCGGCGUCCACAGCAUAGUCUAUAAGUUAAGUGAUGUAAAUAUGCAAAAGGAGCACCUCGGAGGCGGUCUGAGCUCCCAGGUGCCAACAAAGACGCACUGCGCUAGCGAAAAGUUGAGAAAAAAACGUUGGCUGCCAGAGGAGGUGGCCAUGUCUGAUAGUCCUACGCCCACGUACAAUCGUAACCCGCCUUUGCCAUUGGAUCUGGAGGUGCCCUACAAUGAUGAUUUUCGCGUCCUGGCCUCCGAAGAGGAUCGGAGUGAUGAGAGGCCAACCAGAAGAUAUCCAACCACCUCGACAACGAGGAACACUGGCCGCAGCACCGAGAGCUUUCUGGCCACCCUGACGAAGCCUACGUCGAACCGCAAUAUACUUGUAAAUAACUAUAAUCCCUCCAAUGUCGGCGAAGGCAGUCGCAGCUACAACAGCAACAAUGCCAAUAAUAAUAGCAACAACAACAAUAGCGGAAACAGCAACAACAAUGUGCGUAAACUGUAUACGAAGCACAAGAACAUCAUUGUGAGCACAUACAAUCGUCCCAUCGAGCCAGAGUUUGGCACGCCCUACGAAGAGCCAAACAACAGCAGCAACAGCAACAGCGGAAACGGAAAUCUACCGAGUAACUUCUUCAAUGCCAACUGGACAACGCUCUUCCUGGGGAACAACAACAACGGAAACAGCAACGGCAACAGCAACGAUCGUCCAAGCCACAAGACACACGUGGAGAUCAUCACAAAAAACGGAGCCACCAAAAAACCAAACAUCAUUGUGAAUAACUACAAUCCGGAGAUUAUAUUCGCACCGAAUCCACACAAUCCGAGCUUUAACAGCAUGCUGAUGACGAAUUUGCUGAGCGGUAGGGGCGACGAUAUACACAGUUCGCCGCGGCUGCUGUACGAUCGCAAGACCACGUGCAUGCUGUAUCUGCAGGCAGAUCACACUUUCUUUCAGAAAAUGGGCUCCGACGAGGCCUCCAUUGAGGCCAUCACGCGUCAUGUGCAGCGUGCCAACUCGAUCUAUCGAAAUACAGACUUUAAUAACGAUGGCAAGCCGGACAACAUCACGUUCAUGAUAAAGCGCAUCAAGGUGCACAAUAUGAACGCCAUGAAGGAUCCCAGCUAUCGCUUCCCCGGUAACUAUGGCGUGGAGAAGUUCUUGGAACUGUUUUCGGAGGAAGACUACGAUGCCUUUUGCUUGGCCUACAUGUUUACCUACCGCGACUUUGAGAUGGGCACCUUGGGACUGGCCUGGACGGGAGAUCUUAAGAAUGCUGGCGGUGUUUGCGAGAAGAAUGGACACUAUCGGGGCUCCCUGAAGUCCCUAAACACGGGCAUUGUGACGCUCUUGAACUAUGGCAAGCAUGUGCCACCCGCCGUCUCACAUGUGACGUUAGCCCACGAAAUUGGCCACAAUUUCGGCUCUCCGCACGAUCCCGAACAGUGCACGCCUGGCGGGGAGGAUGGCAACUUCAUUAUGUUUGCCCGUGCCACCUCCGGGGACAAGAAGAACAACAACAAGUUCAGCACCUGCUCUUUGAAGUCCAUUGAGCCCGUACUGAAUGCCAAGGCGCGUUCCAUGAAGGGCUGCUUCACUGAGCCACAGUCCUCGAUUUGUGGCAAUGGCGUCGUAGAACCGGGAGAGCAAUGCGACUGCGGCUGGGAGGAGGACUGCAAGGACUCAUGCUGCUUUCCCAUGUCCCGUCAGCCGCGUAUUGAUGAGACGCCCUGUACCCUGACACCGCAUGCCCGCUGCAGUCCCUCCCAGGGCCCCUGCUGCACCACCGACUGCAAGCUGAAGUUUGGCGACAAGUGCCGUGACGACAAUGGCUGUCGCGAUCCCUCGUUCUGCGAUGGACGUGUGCCCCAGUGCCCGCCGUCGGUGAACAAGCCGAACAAGACGAUCUGCAACAAGGAAUUUGUCUGUUAUAUGGGCGACUGCACCGGCAGCAUUUGUUUGGCCUAUGGCCUGGAGUCAUGCCAGUGCAUACCCGGACCUCAGGACGAUCGGAUCAAGUCUUGUGAGCUGUGCUGCAAGCUGCCUGGCGAGGACAACGCGUGCAGGAGCUCCUUCGAGUGGAAUGAGGCUCCCUUCGAUGUACCGGACAUGUACUCGAAGCCAGGCACACCGUGCAAUGACUACAAUGGAUACUGUGAUGUCUUUCAAAAGUGUCGCGAGGUGGAUCCCUCCGGCCCGCUGGCCACGCUGCGCAAGCUGCUGCUCUCAGAGGAGAGCAUUGCCACAUUCAAGAAGUGGAUGCAGCACAACUGGUAUACAGUGGCUUUGGCCGCCAUUGGCGUCAUUUUGUUGCUGAUAUUGAGCACAAAGCUGCUGGCGAAACGGUCGAAUCUGAAGCUUAAGUCCGUCACUAUAAUACACAGCGCCACCACGGAGACGGUGCGACUGCCGGAGAACAACAACGGGGUGAUAGUCCACACUGCUGUGCGGACAAAGGUGCCCUUCAAGAAGAAGGUGCGUGGCGAGCGCAGCAAGAAGUCUGGAACGGGAGCGGUUGCAGGAGCAGCUGCCGUCGCCGCCGUCGCAGUGGGAGGUUCCCGUGGAGUUGGAAAAACUAGCUCAAGUGCAGAGCCAAAGAAGACGCAAAGAUCCCAGGGGAUUGGCAAGAAGAAGUCGUUGGAGGAGGAUCCCAAGAAGUCCAACAAGAAACUGGGCAAGCACAUGAAGGAAAUCAUCGAUUACUCACAUCGAAACAACAACGGCGAUGAUGCCUCCAAUCUGUCGACGACCAACAAUCACACCAACACCUUUGGCAAGGUGCAAAAGUGGCUGCUGGAAUCGCCAAUCGUGGCCCAACCGCUUUCGCACAUCGAGCACAGCUCCCGGGUCCGCAAGGUGAUGAGCAAAUCGCAGUCCACACCGGAAAGGCUGGUACAGAAGCCACCGCAGAAGACCAAAUCGAUGGGAAAUCUGUCCAACGAGAAGGUGAAACUCCAAGUGGUCUACAAGCCACCGUUCAAGUUCUCGCUGCGUCUGUCCAAGAAGCCCAAAGUGAAGACGCACGUGGUCGCAGGUCGGCCCAAGCGAGGACAGAAGGGCAGUACGCGUACUGCAGGGCAGCCUGCCUCCAAGGACAUCGCGGCGCGCACCAAGCGGAGCGCUCUACUUCUCUGCAAUGAGGCAGAGGAUGAUAACCAAAUUCUGACGCUCAACGAGCCUAACUACGAGACGCUAAAGCCUCCGGUAACGUCGCGACCCACAGAGCACUGCUACGAGAAUGUGGAUCUGCAGGCCGAGGCCUCCACAUCAAAGUCUAGUAGCUGUAAAGUUGGUCCCAGCUCCAACAGAGGCAGCUUGGAGGGGCCAGCGCCACCGGCACCAGUUCCUGUCCAGCGCAGCUCGUACCGUCGCUCCAACUCGCUGUCCACCCACAAUCCCUUCGCCGUGGCUCCGCGACGUAGCAGCAGCAAAGUGAAAGCCGAUGCCCAGGCCGCUGGCGGCUCUGUGAAUCUUACGCGCAACUUUGGCAGCACCCAGAACCUCAUCAAUCUUAGCCAGAACCUGGCCAAGACCAAGAAGCGGAGCAGCCUCAACCUGAAGGCCAGUGGGGCCAAGAACGGCAAGGAUCCAUCCGUGAGCAAUUCCACUGCCUCGCCCCAGCGACGUUCCUCCUCCAAUGCAAACCUGCGCAGGGACAGCAGUGCCUCGUCAAAGGCAGCGCCAGUGCCGCCUACGCGCAACUCGCGCAACAGCUUCAGCAACAUUCCGCGAGCCAGCCUUGGUGGCGGUGGCUCGAACGUCACGACGACAGCAGGGCCGCCCAGCUUCUCGCGUCAAUCUUCCAGCAGCACCACGACGACGAGCUCGUCGAUUGCUGCGGGAGCAGCGUUACCCCUGCCGCUGCAGCAAUCCGCCUCGACCAGCGCCAUGCAGCGACAACCGCCUGCCCAGCCGAUGCGACGGAGUCUCCACAACUUCCGGACGCGCUCAACGGCACCGGCGUCAGCGUCUGCACCCAAGCCAGGAGCAGGGGCGGCUGCGACGACGACCGCCGCCACAGACAACAAUGAGCUGCCAUCGGACCUGGAGGUAGUCGUGUCCGACGUCGAGAAUCUGGUUAGCUAAGAGCAGCAGCGGCAGCAGCAGCAGCUUCGCGGCGGUUGCUUCUCGUUUCCAACCAACAACCAACCAAGUGAAAGUGAUAAGUCUUAAUGUUAGUUAUACAAAUUGUCGCAUAGGUUUACAUGCAUUCCUGCAUAUACGAGUAUAUACAUUGUAUAUAUAUUUGUAUUUGUACAUGCAAAGAUAUAUGUAUGUAUAUGUACUUUACACUGCCUUAAACUUGCCGUUUCUGCUGAAUAUGUGAAUACCACGCCACGCCCACACCCACGCCCACGCCCAAACACACCCACACAAACUCUCGUACAUAUCCCCCGACCAAGGCUCGCCUCCACCACACACACAAACACACACACAACCAGCAAUCCCUGCCGCACACCCACCCACCCAUUGAAAGCCACCGCAAAUUCCAAACCGCCAGUCGCACUCACUCACCGCACGUUGUACCUUCUACUGUUUACUGUUGUAUUGUAUUGUAUUCUGCAAACCGAAACGAAACAGAACUUUGCCUACAUCUGAGCAUACAUACCUAUUAUAUAUCUACAGUGCUGGACUUAAGUGUUAGCGCAGCAAUAGCUUUUCAGCUUACUGCUGAUUCAAUAGCUCUUCCAACGUAAUUAUCAAAACAUAAAUACUUUCGUCCGAUAAAUUAAUUAAUUUUCUAUAAGAUUCACGCAUUUCGCCUUUAUGUCAAUGAGCUAUGUCCCAUCUAUGAGCCCAUCUGAUCACCUUUGUCCUAGUUCCGUGGCACUGUCCAAUAUUUAAUCUCAAAGUACCUUCAAAGAAGCCACAGAAUCUCAGAGGAAAAUCAUUCUGCCUUUUCCCAGCCAAGACAAGAAUAGCUGAUAGACCAGCAGUAAACUGAAAAGCUAUUGCUGUGCUAACACUUAUGUCCCGCACUGUCUAUUUUGCACCCAUUCGAUGAGGACUCCUCCACUAUCCGUGAUGUUCCUGUGAAUAUUGUAAUAAUUCGAGGACUGUUGGAUGGAAACAUCUCUCGAGUUUGGGUAGUCUUCUAAGAUGGGUGUGAAUGAUUGCUAUAUGUUCAAAUAUCUUAUGUAGAUUGUGUGCCACAGCCGAGAAUCGUAUGAUGUUCUAUGAGACACACAAUCGAAAUGGGAGUUUAUGUUAAAAAUCGCUCUCGUUAUGUUAAUUGCCAAAUCUUGGCAUCUGUUUGAAACUAAUUUUUAAAACAGUAUUACUCUUAAUAUUAUGUACCUACUACUUAUACAUGUACUAUAUGUAUGUACUUAUAGUUUGACUACACUUCAACUUCGAACAACGAACGAUCACUCAUCUGAACACACACUCAAACACACACAGAACAAUACAAGGUGCUAUUUUAGUAAUGAACUAAACUUAAAGAACUUUUCAAAACAUCCUUUGCAUAUUUUUCAAGAUCAAAACUAAGUUAAGGAACAAUUAGGACAGCGAAGGGGAGGACAGAGGGAUUAGGGAGUAGGUGUUUGGUUUUUGGUGUAGCCCGAGUAGAGUAUACAUAUAGAGAGUGUCAGAGAGAGGAGGAGAGUAGUUGAUAACCAACGAUAACUGUCAAUAAGAAUCAAAAGCAAUAUGCAUCGAAGUUAGUUUUUACGAGUAGCACUUGCAGUAAAUUCGACAAACAUAGAAUAUUAGCCAGCCACGCCACGACCCCCCACAUCCCUCGUCAAGCACUUGCACAUACUGUCAGCACGCCUCGAACCCAUAGAGAGAGAGAGAUAUAAUACAUACAUAUACCAUUGCCACUAUCGCCUUCGCCAAAUCAGUAGCAGUAGUAGUGUACAUACAGAACGUACUAGCUAUAGGAUAUAUCAAAUGGAAAUAGUUUUUAUAAUGCAAUAACAAGUUAGAGCAAUAAAGAGCAAAACAAUAAUGAGGACACCUAACGAUAUUCAUUCGACACCCACACCCACACACACACACAGAUGCAUAUGUAGGUAUAUAUAUAUAGUCACAUUCCGUAUCGAAUCACAAAAGCGGCUUUUGAAUUAAAACAAAACAAGACACUCACUCACUCAAACAAUAACGAUUUGUAGUCUAAGACAAUGAUUGAUAUUUGUAGCUAUAUGAAUGUGUAGGAAAUCGGCGUAUCAAAUUGCAUCUAUACUAUAAAUACUAUAUACAUACAUACAUAAAUACCCGUACAUAAGGGGCGUGCAAUACCAUUGCAACUUUACGAGCAUUUGGGUAUAUUUUUGUGGAAUAUACAAACCAUUAUUAGAUAAAACACAUAAGCUCCAGCUCAAGAAACCGACCGAACAGACCCGAUCGACAGAAUGACAGACACAGACACAGACCCAGACACAGACCAGACCAGACCAGACACAGAUAGUUAACGCGUGUAGGCCAGUGAGAAGAGGAAACGGAAACCAGGAGCAAGAAAAGCUAAUGAAAUAGUAGGAAAAACGAGUACGCGACAAUCGCUUUCAAAUGCUUAUAACAUUUAAACAAAACAUUUAAACGAAAACAAAAUCAAGAAUCGAAUUGACUUAAUUUGUAAUUUAUCUUCAUAAAAAAGACGGCAUCUUGACUAUUUCAAUAUGGAACUAUACAAAGCCAAGUCAACAGAAAAAAACCUAAACUAAUGGCAAGAAAAAUGUUUUAAGACUACCAAAAAAAUAUAAAAAUAUAAAAUUGCCAAUGUUUGUGUACUGUAUAUAAUAUUAAAUGCAAAUGAUUAAUGUCUAAGCGGAACAGAGAGAUCGGACCGGAUCGGAUCGGAUCGCCCGACCGAGAGAGAGAGAGAGAGAGCGAGAGAUAGAGAUAGAGAGUAUUUUGAUGCGUGACAAAAAAGACUAUUUAGCGCGAAAUGAACAAUUUUUGUGUAUUGUACAUAAGAAAUCGAUUGAUUUUAAUCUAUAUAUACAUAUAUGUAUAAAUAUAUAAUUGUAAAACUGCAAACGAUUUUUAAAUCUGUAUGUGUAUUGUGUACCUCAAUUGUAAUUAAUUUUUUUUGUACUUUUCACCAGAUGGAUUAAUGCUAUUUUUAUAAUUUAGCUAAAUGAAUUGCAUAUAAGCAUGUAAUCUUCCCCCCGCCCACACACAAAAGUCCCAUUGUCACCUAACUAGCCCCUAGUUAAUGGCCAGUUUUCCCUGUUGUCAAAGACCGCCAUCAGCAUCGGCAUCGGCAGCCACCCACCUCAUUCCAUCCCAUCCAAGAACAAACAUAUUGUAUUUCUGUCAAUUAAGAGCGCGUAAAUGUCUUCAAGAAUCGAGUUCGAGCAAAGCAAGCAAAACGAAAACGAAAACAAAAAACAAAAACCGAAGAGCAAAGAAGUGAAUAUUA